UAUGCACGAAAAAGCAUAACCUUCUCUUCCUUCGUUACAUAUAGCUACUAAUCCUAAUAUGAAUUCUACUAAAAGGAUUCAUGCCAGAAUGAUUAUAGAACCAAAUGUUAAAGAUAUUAUUUCAUUACCUAAAGCAUAAUAAUAAAUGAGAUCAAAUCAUCAAUAAUUUCGAAGAGUUCCUUUAAAAGUGAAUCCAAAAGUUGUUCAAGCCUUCUCUCCAUAUUAAAGCUAUUCAAUUAUUGUAAUUUAUUAGAUAAUAUUAAGAGCUUUAGUGAUUUUCUUUAUGAAAAACAUAAACAAGAAAAAUAACUUUAAAAAUUAAAGGAAAAGAAAUAAUUGUAAAAAUUAAAGGAAAUUCAACACAAAGAGAAAAUUAAAUACUUCUAACACGAAGAUGAAAACAAUGAAGAUAUAAUAGACUCAAUAAUGGAUAAGGUAAAGAUGGAAUUAGGAUAAUAACAGUAAUCUAAUUUUAUAACAAAUUGA